UCUGCACCCUCUACUGCUGUUGAAUUAACAUCCACAACCUCUGAGACCACAAUUGCUGCUGCAUCAACCUCUGAAACAACUACUGCUGUUGCAUCAACCUCUAUAUCAACAGCUGCACCAGCUUCUGAACCCACAACUGCUGCAGCAUCCACCUUUGAAACCACAGGUGCUGCCACCUCAACCUCCAUAACCUCUGCAGCCCCAACUGCCGCAGCAUCAGCAUCCACAAUUCCUGAAUCCGCAACUGUUGCUGCAUCAACCUCUGUAUCCACAAUUGCUGCCACUUCAAUUUCUGUAACAUCUGCACCCUCUACUGCUGCUGAAUCAACGUCCACAACCUCUGAGACCACAACUGCUGCUGCAUCAACCUCUGAAACAACUGCUGCUGUUGCAUCAACCUCUAUAUCAACAGCUGCACCAGCUUCUGAACCCACAACUGCUGCAGCAUCUACCUUUGAAACCACAGGUGCUGCCACAUCAACCUCCAUAACCUCUGCAGCCUCAACUGCCGCAGCAUCAGCAUCCACAAUUCCUGAAUCCUCAGCUGCCGCUGCAUCAACCUCUGUAUCCACAAUUGCUGCCACCUCAAUCUCAGUAACAUCUGCACCCUCUGGUGCUGCUGAAUCAACGUCCACAACCUCUGAAACCACAACUGUUUCUGCAUUAACCUCUGAAACCGUAACCGCUCCUGCUCCAACUUCUGAAUCCACAACUGCUGCAGCAUCUAUCAUUGAAACCACAGGUACUGCCACACCAACCUCCACAACUUCUGUCCCCACAACUGCUGCCGGAUCAACCACCGCAGUCUCUAACCCGACAACUGUUGCUACAUCAACCUUCAAACCAACUAGUUCUUCUGCAUCAACCUCUACACACACAACUGGUGCUGCAGUCACCGCCACAACCUCCGAGACCACAACUGUUGCUGCAUCUAUCUCUACAACCUCUGAGAUAGCAACUGGUGCUGCAUCCACCAGCGCGAGUUCUAAAAUCAUAACUGCUGCCACAUCAACUUUCACAACCACUGAGAUCACAACUGGUGCUGAAUCAACCUCCACUCCCUCCAUACCUUCAAUCACUGUUGCAGGCACCUCCACAACCUUUUCCCCCCCGACUGCUGCUGUAUCAACAUCUACAAGCCCUGAAGCCACAACUGCUGCCGCAUCAACCUCCCAAACUUCUGAAACCACAACUGUUGCCACGUCAACCUCUGUCCCAACUUCUGGUGCUGCAUCCACCUCUACAACCUCAGAGACCACAACUGUUGCUGCAUCAACCUCUGAAACAACUACUGCUUCUACUGCAUCAACCUCUGCAUCUAUUUCCACAAUCUUGGAGAAAACAACUGCUGCCGCUUCCACCAUCACGAGUUCUAAAACCACAACUUCUCCCACCUCAAUCUCCAUAACCUCAGCACCCUCAACUGCUGGUGCAUCAAACCCCAUGACCUCCGAAACCACUACUGGUCCCGCAUCAACCUCUGAAAAAACAACUGCUAUUGCAUCAACCUCUGCCCCCUCUACUGCUGCCGUAUCAACAUCUACAAGCUCUGAAUCUACAACUGCAGCCGCAUCGACCUCUGAAACCAAAAAUGCUGCUGCAUCAACCUCCACAAACUCUGCACCCUCAUCUGCUCCUGCAGCCACUUUCACAACCUCUGCACCAGCAACAGCUGCCUCAUCCACCUCCACCACCUCUGCACCAGCAACAGCUGCCUCAUCCACCUCCACCACCCCUGCACCCUCAACAGGUGCCUCAUCCACCUACACCACCCCUGAACCAGCAACGGCUGCCUCAUCCACCUCCACCACCUCUGCACCAGCUGCCGUAUCAACAUCUACAAGCUCUGAAUCUACAACUGUAGCCGCAUCGACCUCUGAAACCAAAAAUGCUGCUGCAUCAACCUCCACAAACUCUGCACCCUCAUCUGCUCCUGCAGCCACUUUCACAACCUCUGCACCAGCAACAGCUGCCUCAUCCACCUCCACCACCCCUGCACCCUCAACAGCUGCCUCAUCCACCUCCACCACCCCUGCACCAGCAACAGCUGCCUCAUCCACCUCCACCACCCCUGCACCCUCAACAGCUGCCUCAUCCACCUCCACCACCCCUGCACCAGCAACAGCUGCCUCAUCCACCUCCACCACCCCUGCACCCUCAACAGCUGCCUCAUCCACCUCCACCACCCCUGCACCAGCAACAGCUGCCUCAUCCACCUCCACCACCCCUGCACCAGCGACUGCUUCCUCAUCCACCUCCACCACCCCUGCACCAGCAACAGAUGCCUCAUCCACCUCCACCCCCCCUGCACCAGCAACGGCUGCCUCAUCCACCUCCACAACCCCUGCACCAGCAACAGCUGCCUCAUCCAGCUCCACCACCCCUGCACCAGUAACGGCUGCCUCGUCCACAUCCACCACCCCUGCACAAAAGGCAGAUGGUGCGCCAACUGUACCUGUAGCAACAGGUGGAGCAGCUACAACUGUUUCACCAUCUGUAACCAAUGGUGCAUCUGGUUCCAUGACUGUUUCUUCAUCUGUUACUAACGGUGCAUCAGGAGCUGGAACAACCCAGUCAACCACAGUGUCAACAACCAGCAGUUCUGGAGUUUCUGUCCAAAUGUGUCUUUUCAACCUCCUGCUUGGUCUUUUUGUCUUCAUGUUGUAAUUGAUGAUGGAUGUUUUAGGGAUCUUACUUUUGUUUGUGAAAGUUGCAUUUUUUUCUCAUGUUUAAGCAAAACACAAACAUAAGGUUAACAAUGUAUAUAUAAAAAUAUGAGGAAAGUCAGGAUAUAAAUGUAACUAUAAAAGUUAUUUUUGAUAUUACUUCAAUUAUUUAACAGUCAUAUUUAUUUUUUGUUGUUGAAACAAAGUGUUAUUUAGUUGUAUUGGUUAAA